AUGUAUGGCAGGACAGGACAGAGCAAGCAUCCAAUCCAAGGGAUCAAGUUGGAAGGGCUUGCGGACGUUAUCAUUGCGGACGACAACGACAACGACGAAGAUGAGGAGGAGGAGGAGGAGGAGGAGGAGGAGGAGGAGGAGGAGGAGGGAGAGGAGGAGGAGGAGGAGGAGGAGGAGGAGGAGGAGGAGGAGGAGGAGGAGGAGGAGGAGGAGGAGGAGGAGGAGGAGGAGGACAACGACGAUGAUGAUGACGACGAUGAUGAUGGAGGACGGCGAGAAAGAGGAGAGGAUAAUGGGUGCAUGGCACAGGAUGAUGGGUGCAUGGCACAGGGUGAUGGGUGCAUGGCACAGGGUGAUGGGUGCAUGGCACAGGGUGAUGGGUGCAUGGCACAGGGUGAUGGGUGCAUGGCACAGGGUGAUGGGUGCAUGGCACAGGGUGAUGGGUGCAUGGCACAGGGUGAUGGGUGCAUGGCACAGGGUGAUGGGUGCAUGGCACAGGAUGAUGGGUGCAUGGCACAGGGUGAUGGGUGCAUGGCACAGGGUGAUGGGUGCAUGGCACAGGGUGUGCAUGUGCAUGGCACAGGGUGUGCAUGUGCAUGGCACAGGGUGUGCAUGUGCAUGGCACAGGGUGUGCAUGUGCAUGGCACAGGUGUGCAUGUGCAUGGCACAGGGUGUGCAUGUGCAUGGCACAGGUGUGCAUGUGCAUGGCACAGGUGUGCAUGUGCAUGGCACAGGUGUGCAUGUGCAUGGCGCAAACAAUGA